AUGUCUCCGCCGAACUCUGCUGAAGGCGCCGUGGGCGGAUCUAGUCCCGUCGUGAGCCGUGGUGCUCCUGAGCAGGAAGGCCGUGAGACCUCCAUCUCGUCCCAGAAAAAUGCAUAUACUGACAGCCCAGGCGACCUGCAAGCCGAGCGCGUCUUGGAAGCUGAGAAUCUUUCUGGCAUCGCCUCCGCUGCGCGCGCCUUCACCCUUGCGCCUUCCGCUUCGACCGUUGACGCCUUGGACAUGGGCAGUAUGAGAGCCGCUUCUUCGCUUCUGUGUCAACAGAUCGACGAGUCUAGCGGCUUUGGAGUCUGUCCUUGCCCUUUUGGCGUCCAUUUGAAGCUGUCGACCUCCCGGCCUGCGGGCAUGACGGCCGAAGAAGCCGCGCUGGGUAUGACGGGUGAAGAAAUCCGGGAAUUGGCAGCUGAUGUGCAGACGUUGCAGAAGGGAGUGGCGAAGGCGAAGGACGCUGUCGUUGGGGCGGAGAAGGCACUCGCGGAGGCAGAGGAGAAGAAUGAGGAGUUGAAGCGACGAACGAGGCCGAGGGAGUUGUGGUGCAUUUCCUGA